AUGGAAAUGCCUCAGAUUGCUCGUCCCAUCCCUCAACGUGCUUUCGAGCUAACCCCUACUUCGACCGAGUCAUCAUAUCCUCCUUCUCCGGCAACCGAGGCCGCCAAUCCCGAUCUACUCUUCCAAAAGCCCGAUUCCACCCCCAGUCGAACCCGAUCGAUCCUCAAUCUUACCUCGUCUACAUUGCUGGGGAUAUAUUCACCUACAGGCUCGGACGAGAACAGAGAAGAGUUAUCGACACCAUGGGGCACAGGAGCGCAGACACCAAGCCAGAGGCGAAGCAUAGAUGACUACACACCUCGACAGCCUUCGUCAUUGACUUGGUCGCGUGAUGCGGACAAGCCACGGCUGAGAACCAAGAGGAGAGGAACCCGUGGCCUUUUAAUGCCUCUGCUCCUACAAACCGUUCUCUUGUUCGCAUUUGGGCUCGGCUACGGAUCCAUCGUCACACAUCUGCACAAGCAGCAGCUGAUUACCCCUGUGCCUGUCCCAGACAUCGAACGCAAUUCUUUGUAUUACCAACUGUCUUGGGGUGUGUUUGGCAUCUUGCUGGGCAAUGCUCUGCCGCUAGUUGACUCCCUUUGGGAGAGGGCUGGAUCUUCUGCUCCGUCUGGUCAGACCACUCAGAAUGCGAGUUCAGGGGCUGAGACUACUUCGGUGACCGAUGGGUCGACCUCCAGCCCAUCAUACGACAGUGGGCUAGGUCCUAUUUGGUACUCGGCUGUGAGGAGUGUGGGUGUUUUUGUUGGAAUCGCUUUUGCAGUGCGACGAAUUCCAUGGCAGUCGACUCUACAAGUAGCCUUGACCCUGGCCCUGGCUAAUCCAGUUCUAUGGUACCUGAUUGACCGGUCUCUGCCGGGCUUUGCUUUCUCAGCCGCCGUCAGUACUAUUGGAACAAUGGUUCUGCUCUUAGUCGAUCCGGAUUUUGUGCCAGUUCCAGCAAUACAUCAGCCGACUGCAUCCGAGCAGUUUGGUGUAUAUACCUGGUUGGCCAGCAUAGUCUUCUGCACUAGCAUCUGUUUUGGGGCAAUCGGCCGACGCCUUCAGUUGUGA